UGCCCAUUUAAGGAGGCGGGCCGUACCAUCCGAACUUUCUCGACGGGGGGAGCAUCCGGAGAACUCGGACAACUUCGAACUAGCCCCAAGGCGGUAUUCCUUUUCCCGGGCACUCCACGGCGGACGCUUGAGGCUGCUGGGUGGCAGCCCGGGCGCCGGUGGGCUUGGAGCCAGGCCCCCUUGGCUUGGUCUUCCUAGAAAUUGCCCCCGGGGGCGUCUCUGGCUAGCUCCGAGUCCGGACGCCGAGUUCCCCGGCUCGUCCAUAGUGCAGCUCUCCUGCAAGCCCCAGUGCCCGGAUGUCCAUCAGGAUUAGUGCGAACCAAUAGCCGGGAGGCCGAGGCUGCGCGGAGGACGCCCGGUCCCGAGCUGGCAGUCCGGGUAUUCGGGAGUCGCACCGGGCGCCGUCCCCGCCCGGCUCCGGCAAAUGGUGAGGGCGACGCUGGCCUCUGCGCCCGCGGGUUGGAGGCUCUGAUGGACCGGAGAUAUCCCGCACUAUAAACUGAAUGAUGGCAGCCUACUCGAGCUUGUACAAUGAAGACAGAAACCUGCUUCGAAUUAAGGAGAAGGAAAGACGCAACCAGGAAAUUCACCAAGAGAAAGAGGCAUUUCCUGAAAAGAUUCCCCUUUUUGGAGAGCCCUACAAGAAAGCAAAAGGUGAUGAGCUGUCAAGCCGAAUACAGAACAUGUUGGGAAACUAUGAAGAAAUGAAGGAGUUCCUUAGCUCCAAAUCCCAUCCUCGGGGUUUGGUUGCUUCUGAAGAUAGGUUGGGGAAGUCAAGAUACCCUUUAUUUCCUGACAAGGGGAGCAGCAUUCCAUCCAACUCCUUCCACACACGUGUCCACCACCAGCCCAUUCACACUCCUGCCUCUGGACCACUUUCUGUUAGUAACAUUAGCCACAAUCCAAAGAUGGUGAAGCCAAGAAUGGAACCAUUGCCAAAUCUCCAUGCCAAAAGUUAUGGGCCACCGGAAAGCCAGCACCUGGCCCAUGCUUGCCUUGGUCAGGAGGGAUACAGCUCUAGUCAUCUCACAAAAGGUGACCAUAGACCUGAUGGAGGCCAUUGUACUUUGAUGACAGACUCAGCUCCAGAAAGGGAACUUUCCCCCCUAAUCUCAUCUUUGCCUUCCCCAGUGCCCCCUUUGUCACCUGUACAUUCCAACCUGCAAGCUCUUCCCAGGAUGCCAGCAAGCAACAAGGUUCAUAGCAGUAGCAACAGCAGUAAAAGCUUCUGCCCAGCCAAGUCUCCCAAGGACCUGGCAGUGAAGGUUUGUGAGAAAGAGACCCCUCAAGACAAUCUAGUAGCGGUUGCCAGCCUUGGAGUCGCCACUCCCCAGCCAGCUUCUCAGACAUUUCCACCCCCCUCUCUACCAUCAAAAAGUCUUGCAAUGCAGCAGAAGCCCACUGCAUAUGUCCGGCCCAUGGAUGGCCAGGACCAGGCUCCACUGAGUGAGUCUCCCAAGCUGAAAUCGCUGCCAGAAGACUAUCGUCAGCAGACCUUUGAAAAAACAGACUUAAAAGUGCCUGCCAAAACCAAGCUCACCAGACUGAAGAUGCCUUCCCAGUCAGUGGAGCAGACAUACUCCAGUGAAGUUCAUUGUGUUGAAGAAAUUCUGAAGGAAAUGACCCAUUCGUGGCCUCCUCCUUUGACAGCAAUACAUACACCUAGUACAGCAGAGCCAUCCAAAUUUCCUUUCCCCACAAAGGAUUCUCAGCACAUCUGUUCUGCAAUCCAAAAUCAGAAACAAUAUGAUACGCCUUCAAAAACCCACCCUAAUUCUCAGCAAGGAACAUCCAUGCUGGAAGAUGACCUUCAGCUGAGUGACAGUGAGGACAGUGAGAAUGAACAGACCACAGAGAAGCUACCUUCCUCAGCUGCACCUCCAAGUGCUCCACAGUCGCUCCCCGAGCCAGUGGCAUCGGUGCGCUCCAGCAGUGCUGAGUCAGAGAGCACCAGUGACUCGGACAGCUCCUCAGAUUCAGAGAGCGAGUCCAGCUCCAGUGACAGCGAGAAUGAGCCCCUCGAAACCCCCGCUCCAGAGCCUGAGCCUCCAACAACAAACAAAUGGCAGCUGGACAACUGGCUGACCAAAGUCAGUCAGCCGGCGGUGCCCCCUGAGGGUCUAGGAAGCACAGAGUCCCCACACCGGCAUCUGGACAGCAAGGGAAGUAGUGACAGUAGCACGGGCCAGGAGCAUUCUGAAUCCAAAGACCCUCCUCCCAAGACCUCCACCAAGGCUCCCCGGCUUGCCCCCGAGGGCCCCCAUGCUGGGAAGAGGACUUGUCAGAAGUCUCCUGCACAACACGAUCCUCCAAGACAAACUGUUGGAACCAAACAACCCAAGAAACCUGUCAAGACCUCGGGGCAGGUUGAUUGCAGAGCCAGCUUGCAGCUAGACAGUGAGCCAGGCCUUUCAUACAGCACAAAAGAGCAGACUUCCAAAGACAAGCCCAAGGUGAAGACGAAAGGAAGGCCCCGCACCGGGGGGAGCAGGGACACCAAGCUCACUGCACCUGCUGCCAGCGAGAAGAAGAAGCACAAGAACUGUCCCCCAACCCCCUCCAAGGCCCUCUCAGGCCCCGCGCCUCCUAAGGACAGUGCGGGGCCUCGAACCCCGGAGCACUUUGCUCUGGCCCCCCUGACUCAGAGCCAGGGCCUACCCCACAGUGGCAGCAGUGGCAGCAGGACUAGUGGUUGCCGACAGGCAGUGGUGGUCCAGACAGAUGGCCGCAAAGACAGACUGCUGUUGCCUUUGAGUGACACCAGAUUGCUCUCACCGCUCAGGGACACUCCUGCCCCACAAAGCCUGGUGGUAAAGAUAACCCUAAACCUUCUCACUCGGAUACCCCAACUACCAGGCAAGGGUAGCCGCCCAAGGAAAGCAGAGGAGAAGCAGCCGUCCACAGGGAAGAAGUGCGAGUCUGAGAAGAGAGGUUCAGAAGACGCCAGCAAGGUGGCCAAAAAGAGAAAAGGUUACACAGAAAGAGAUUAUGAGAACAAAAAAAUCAAGUUGGAGAAAGAAGUCAAAUCACAGUCUUCAUCUUCUCACAAAGAGUCUUCUAAAACAAAGACACCCAGGCCUUCCUCAGAGCCUUCAAAAAAGGAAAUGCUUCCUCCUCCACCUGUGUCUUCCUCUACUUCCUCUUCCUCCUCCUCUUCCUCCUCCUCCUCCUCCUCCCAGAAGCCAGCCAAGCCUGCACACAAGAGGUCAAGGCAGGAAGCAGACAGCUGUGGUCAGGACCCUCCCAAAAGUGCCAGUAGUAGUAAGAACAACCAUAAAGAUUCUUCCAUUCCCAAGCACAGAAAAGUCCAAGGGAGGGGCUCCGGAAGCUCCACGGAACACAAAGGAUUUUCUGGAGAUACUUCAAAUCCUUUUCCAGUGCCUUCUUUGCCAAAUGGCAACUCUAAACCAGGGAAGCCUCAAGUCAAGUUUGACAAACAGCAAGCUGAUUUUCACAUGAAGGAAGCAAAAAAGUUGAAGUACAAAGCAGAGUCUAUGACAGACAAGGUUGGAAAGGCCUUUAAGUACUUGGAAGCCAUCCUGUCCUUCAUUGAGUGUGGAAUUGCCAUGGAGUCAGAAAUGCCGGCAUCGAAGUCAGCUUACACGGUGUACUCAGACACUGUGGAUCUUAUUAAAUUCGUGAUGUCGUUAAAAUUCUUCUCUGAUGCCACCAUGCCAACACAAGAGAAAAUAUUUGCUGUUUUAUGCAUGCGUUGCCAGUCUCUCCUGAACAUGGCCAUGUUUCGCUGUAAAAAAGACAUAGCAAUAAAGUAUUCUCGUACACUUAAUGAACACUUCAAGAGUUCUUCCAAAGUGACACAGGCACCUUCUCCAUGCGUUGCAAGAAGCACAGGCACCCCAUCCCCUCUCUCUCCAAUGCCUUCUCCUGCCAGCUCUGUAGGGUCCCAGUCAAGCGCUGGCAGUAUGGGGAGCAGCGGAGUGACUGCCGCCAUCAGUACCCCAGUCUCCAUCCAGAACAUGACCUCCUCCUAUGUGAACAUCACAUCCCACGUCCUUACCGCCUUUGAUCUGUGGGAACAGGCCGAGGUUCUUUUGAGGAAGAAUAAAGAAUUCUUUGCUCAACUGAGCACCAAAGUAUGUAUCUUGGCCCUCAAUAGCAGUUUAGUGGACCUGGUACACUAUACAAGACAGGGUUUGCAGCGGCUGAAACAAGUAACCAAAACACCUUAACGUGAGCCCAGCUGACACAAUGCCUUGGAAACUGUUUUGCACAUUGGAAGCCUCAAAAUCAGCAUAGACAUUUGUCUCAUUAGACGGCAUCAAACUCCAGUAGGGAAGCAGAGAUGGAGGCCAGCCCCAGAGAUGAUGUUGCUUUUCCGGAGUAAAGGAUGGAAGUGCAGUGUGCCCUAAUGGGCAUAUGGAUGGUCUAGAGACAUUUCUGUGCUUUUGUUUUGUUUUGUUUGGGUGUUUUGUUUACCCCACAGAAUACAAGUUGCAAAUGAAAUGAGGAGAAGCAAUUUCAACUCUGAAAGCAAGUUCUUUUCAUCUCAGUAGCCAUACUAAUCCAUUUCCAAAAGGAAUUUUUUUUAAAAAAUGAUUUGUGGUGAAGGGUUUUGUGGAUGAUUUUUUAAAAACGUUUUUGGGGAAAGAUUGCUUCAUGAAUUCUAAUGGCCAUCUGUAAAAUAUAAGUUGUGAAGGACUCCACUAUACCCCGCGUCCUGCUGUUGAACAGUGGCUUUGAUUCUAAGGAUUGGUAUUUAUACAACUGAAGGUGACUCCUGGCCCCCACUCCCUAAACACAUUUUCCCCCGUGAAGAUUUCUUUUACUGUGCUGAAAGGCAGCCCAAGUGGAGCACUGGAGGAGGAGCAGCCACAUUUGGGAGCAUCUCAUACCCCAAAAGGACUGGCGCUUCCAUUCCUACCCUACUCCAGGAAGGCACAUAACUAACAACAUCAAUGAUGCUCUAAACAGCCCACCUUGGGGGAGGAGGGAACCAACAUUUAUACCUGACCAGAUCGCUAAAGUGGUUUUUAAUUUUUGUUUAACUGAGCUGGAAUUCAAGGUGCUGAUGGGUGGUUUGUAGCUGCAUGGUAACUAUUCUAAUGAACUCAGAAUUUUGUCAAUGAACAAAGAAAAAUGAAAUCUUCUUAGGCUAUAUUUUUCUGUUACAGAUUAUAUUUAUAACAAAAUGAAACUUUCCAGUGUCUUGAUUGUCAUGAGGAAGUUAAUUUCCUGACCAGAUGUGAAGAUUUGGAGUAUAAAUUUGACUUUGAAAACAUUGCCACUACAUGCCUUCACUUCAGAGUGUUGUUGGCCAACUCGAUUUGAUUAAGUUGAAGAGGAACUGUGGCCUUUCUAUAAGCUGUCACCCUGCUAUCUACAUUAAACCAAAAUCUAUUUGAAAGAACUAAAAUGAAAGAACAAAGAAUUCCCACAGGCCCAUAAGCACAGUUUUUCCUUGAAACUUAGAAGGUUAUUAUUAGAAUACUCGUUUGAGUUCAGUGUUUUUAAAAGCCAGUGCUUUAUAUCCCUUUUUUAUGUAGAACUUGAACAUGUAUUAAAAUCGAAGAGUUAGAGUUAUUCCUAAUCGGUCUUUUUCUCCUGUUGCCUCUGCACCUCUACACAUUGUUACCUUUGUGUUUCAUUUCACAGUUAUUUGUGAAGCCACAUGCAGCCCCUGUGAUGAAUGUGAGAACACCGUUGGUAGAUUGACUAGGAGGACCCUAGACAUGGGAGUGAGCUCACUUGUCACAGUGGGAACUCUGUGUGGCAAUGUCCCUCUGGCUCUUCUGUACCACUGGCUUUACCCACAGAGUGUUAAUAUCUGAGCAGAAGACCUUCAUAUGUGAUCCUGAAAAGCAGCUACUCUCUCUAAACAGCUAGUUUUAAAACAUGAACACUGAUGUGAACAGUAAUUGGCCUUGGUAGUUUUGUUGUGCAUCCUAUAGAGGGGCAAGCAGCUAGCCUAAGGCCUAUAUGAUGGCUGCAGCAUAUGCCUUUCUUACCAUCUGCUCAUGGCUCCUGAAACAAGCUGUAUGGCAGUUAUGAGGGCUUUGCGCUAUGUGCUGAGUUCUUUCUGAGCUGAUAGCCAGUGUACCCUUGACUGAAAACAUUCCCCAGAUUUCUCAGCCAAUUUGAAAAGAACAGGUUGCUUGUUCAGUGACUGCCUUUGUGGGGUUUUUCUUCUCUCCCUUCCAAACUCUAUUAAAAAUAUAUUUAUUCUUUGGAAAAUCAAUGAAUUUGGGUAUAUUAGCUUGUACUGCUUUGGACAUUGGAUAUUUCUAGUUCUUACUGCAAUAUUCAUUUACCUAAAAGAUAAUUGCUAAUGACUGUCUUUGUAAUGGAAUACGUAAAACGUAGUUGCUGGUAAAAUGUGUACUAUUCUGAAGGUCUUUAUGCUUUACAGUUGUAUAUAGAAAUCUGAAGGAAUUUUUAAACAUUUGCACUUUUCCACUGCAUGCUUACAAAGGCAACAUUUGCACGGAUACAGAUAAUUUGAGAGAUUAGAUCAUAAAAUUAAGCCUUUGGAUAUGUGAAGUUCUGUAACAAUGAUAGUACACACUUCACAAUGAGACAGAAAAGUAUCCUUAAGAAGUGAAAAUAAAGUGCAAAUGUUGUCUUUGCCACUACAGAGGAGUGUGUCUGCCUAUAAUAGGAAAUAGAACAUUGUCUUUGAAAAGUGUCAAAUGUUUCUGCUCUGGGAGAUCGUUAAAAUGUGAAUCAAUGAAUUUAAGAGCCUUUCUAAAUAAUGAAAAACAUUUUACUGAAACAGCAUAUCACCCAUAUAGGCCACAGGGUGGCCUUGGGAUGGGGAUGGGAGAGCCCACUGAACAGUUAUUAGAAAUGAAUUACAAUAGGAUGGUAAUAUAAAACGCAUAAUGAGAAAAACAUUUGACUUUUUUUUUCUUAAACAAAAUGCCCUUUAUUUUGUAGAUGUUUUAGCAGAUAUGUGUAACUAAGUGUUCUGGACAAAUUGGGCCAUCUUUAUCUCCCUUAUUCUAAUUCUAGAACUCAGGAUGUUUAGAAACCAACUCAACCCACUUAGGGUUGAAAAUAUUUGCCUUAAUUAGGUGUACCUUACAUAAGAGCAGUUUAAUCUUACUGUGAUUCCUGCAUGGAAACUUUUGAAAAAACAAAACUCUUGUUUCUUCACAACCGUUAUCUUGGAUGUACACAAAAGAGAGGUAGACACAAAUGCAUGGAAGAGUUGAUUAAGGUGCAUUUGAUUGAUCAAACCUAAUUUUGAAAUAAUGCUAAGUUUUGCCACAUCUUCAAGGACUGUUACAUGGAUCUUAAAUCUACUUUUGUGGAAUUUGAAGCAUAUUUGUGCAUCCUGAGGUAAAUGAGUUGGAUAUUUAAAUUUUUUCUCAUGGCUUUUGAUUGUCUUUUAAUUUUUCCCAACACUACAAAGCAUCUUGGAAAAUUUACCAUUUCAUUUGUUAUACUCUGCCACUGAUUAGCCAUAUUUAGAUCAUGAAAGACUCCUUGAAGCUUUUGGAAACACAAGUGAGGGGUGCAUUACAUCUGUGGGGAGAUGCCAGCAUCAAUCACGGUGUUAUUUUUUCUCUUCAUCCUUUUCAGUUGUUUUGUUCCCAUUUGGAAAUAGUAGAUGUAAAUAACGUAUUUUUCUAUGCCUUUGUGGUUGUCUUGUUGGAGGGAAGUAUGUAAUGGCAGAAGCGCAUGGAUUGGGGUUUUCCUUUGAACACUGCAAGUAGUAUUUCUGCCAUGGAGCCUUCAAUGUGCAAUCUAGUUAUUUUGGCUUCUUGGUGACUGAGAAUGCACAUCCCUCUUCUGGCCAUGUUCCUUAGUUAUUUAUGAAGCAUUAACAAGAACCAUCUACCACUUUUCAGGUGGCUGCACGUUUCUGGUCCCAUGGGAAUUCACACUAUAUUCUGUUCCACUGUGUAUCAGACAUCACUAGCUAUUGUGAUGGGCAGAGAAGCACUCAUGUUUCUCUACCUGCUGGGGAGCCUCGGAGGGCAGGAAAGAAACCUAGUGCUUCUUGGGAGUCUGUAUGUUAAUAUAUUGGCCUGGAAGGAUAAGGAAAUAAGACCGCCCACAGCAAGGCUGGCUGAGCUGCAUGGUGCAGCAGCAAUGGCCGAACAAAGAUAAAACUUGCUUUGCUUAAAAGUAGAUGUUUAAGCAAUGCUCAUUACAGGCAGUAUUAAGUUUGCCUUUUGUUCAGGCCAUGGCAUGUAUUGUUAGGAUCACUCACAGCCUCCCCUCAGAUGCUGAGUAUACACUGUUCUUGCUGGGUGUGUUAUGUGUGAGUGUAUGUGUGGUCCCAAAUCUUGUUUUUUUGUUUUUCCUGAAUGUGAUUGUGAUUUGGAUGAUACCCGAGUAGAGUUGCCUUUUUUUUUUAUUUAUUACCAUUAUAUAUUUUAUUAUAUUAUAUAUUUUUUGCUUUCUUACAAUGUUAGAGAAAAGUCAAAUCUUGGUAUUGUUAAAAUUGUUUAAAAAAAGAAGUGGUCCAGUGGAUAAAUGAAAAUCACUGGUUGGUCUUGAGUGAAUUUUUCUUUGAUUACUGUAGAAUAAUGUGCCAGCCACUGCUGUCAGAGCAGUGAUUUUGUAUGUACGAUAGGAAGCAGGGAUGCUUUCAAUGGGAAGACGUGCAACACAGCAAGGGGAACUCCACGGAUUUUUUUUUCUACUUCAGCAAUGGAACUGCAACUUGGAGCUUUUGUGAAAAUUUAGCUGCCUUGUAUAGUCCUCUGAAAGAGACAGACAUGAUCUGUGAGAGAAUUGAAGUUUUUUCUAGAGGAAAAAGAUAUUUGCAAAAGAUAUUUCCAAAGAUAAAUGUGCCACAAAUCUUUUGUUUGUUCUCUGUAAUGAGGAGUAAAUGCUGUUUUUAAAAAGUGUAAUUGUUCAUCUUCAAAUUCUUUCCUUUUCACAAGAGGAUCGAGCUGUAAAAAAAAAAAAUAAAAAUUUAGAGAAAUCA